AUGUCUAGAAUAUCUAUUCAAGAAAAUGAUUCAAGUAUUGAAAUUAGAGAAAACAAUAAUAAUAUAGAAACAUUAUUUAUUCCAUCUAUUCUUUAUGGGAAAUCACAAGAAGAUCUUGAAGAUGUUUUAAAUGAUUCUUUACUUUUAGAUACAAUAUUAAAUAUAACUUAUCCGGGAAUUUUGCAACAAACAAAUGCACUUAUAGAUGCAUACAAAACAAAUAUACAGUUUUCUGAAGAACUGUUAAAUCAAAAAUCUUAUCUUUUAAAUUUGCAAAAAAGUACAGAAAAUAUAAUUAAUCAAAUGAAGAAGUAUCAAAGACAAUGGGAAGAUUCUAAAGAGAAUAUGAAUAUUUCGUUACAGCCUUUUUCAAAAUCAUAUAUACUUUUUCGACUUCAAAAUGCAAUAGACGAAAUAAACAAUUUUUCAUACUCUCUUCAGAAAUUAUUUAUAGAAAAUAAAGAAAAUACUAGUCUUUUAAUAUUUAUAAAAGAAUAUAGGCAAGCAAGGAAACUUUAUUAUUAUCGCCUUGAAAAAAAAAAAAUAAUGGAAAUAUGGUAA